CCUCAGGGCGGGACUGUGGGGGCGGGGCUUCAGGAGGGGCUAGAUGCGCAGGGAAGAUCUACCAUUUGCACUCUGCUUGCGGCCGCCAAGUUCUCUGGUCUGCGAAAGUCAUGUUACCCAACACCGGGAAGCUAGCAGGAUGUACCGUGUUUAUCACAGGUGCCAGCCGUGGCAUUGGCAAAGCUAUUGCAUUGAAAGCAGCAAAGGAUGGAGCAAAUAUUGUCAUUGCUGCGAAGACCACCCACGCACACCCAAAACUUCAGGGCACAAUCUACACUGCUGCUGAAGAGAUUGAAGCAGUUGGAGGAAAGGCCUUGCCAUGUGUUGUUGAUGUGAGAGAUGAACAGCAAAUCAGUGAUGCAGUCGAGAAGGCGGUCAAGAAAUUUGGAGGAAUUGAUAUUUUGGUCAAUAAUGCCAGUGCUAUUAGCUUGACCAACACAUUGGAAACACCUACAAAGAGAGUGGAUUUGAUGAUGAGUGUGAACACCAGAGGCACCUACCUUACAUCUAAAGCAUGUAUUCCUUAUUUGAAAAAGAGUAAAAUCGCUCAUAUCCUUAAUCUCAGCCCACCGCUGAACCUAAAUCCAAUGUGGUUCAAACAGCACUGUGCUUAUACCAUUGCUAAGUAUGGUAUGUCUAUGUGUGUACUUGGAAUGGCAGAAGAAUUUAAAGGAGAAAUUGCAGUCAAUGCAUUGUGGCCUAAAACAGCUAUACACACUGCUGCCAUGGAUAUGCUGGGCGGAUCUGGUAUCGAAAGCCAGUGUAGAAAAGUUGAUAUCAUCGCAGACGCUGCAUAUUCCAUUUUCAAAAAACCAAAAAGUUUUACUGGCAACUUUAUUAUUGAUGAAAAUAUCUUAAAAGAAGAAGGAAUAAAAAACUUUGACAUCUAUGCAGUUAAACCAGGCCAUCCUUUGAUACCAGAUUUCUUCUUAGAUGAACACCCAGAAAUGGUUACCAAGAAAAUGGAAUCACAGGGUGGUAUUCCAGAGGUCAAAGAAGAAAAGCCACAGCCACAGCCACAGCUGCAGCCACAACCAAAAGCACAUGCUGGAGCUGUGGAAGAAACAUUUAAAAUUGUUAAAGACUCUCUCAGUGAUGACGUGGUUAAAGCCACUCAAGCAAUCUAUCUGUUUGAACUCUCAGGUGAAGAUGGUGGCAUAUGGUUUCUUGAUCUGAAAAGCAAGGGUGGGAAAGUCGGAUAUGGAGAGCCUUCUGAUCGGGUCGAUGUGGUGAUGAGCAUGUCUACAGAAGAUUUUGUGAAAAUGUUUUCAGGGAAACUAAAACCAACAAUGGCAUUCAUGUCAGGAAGAUUGAAGAUUAAAGGAAACAUGGCCCUAGCAAUCAAAUUGGAGAAGCUAAUGAAUCAGAUGAAUGCCAAACUGUGAAAGAAAAGAAAAAAAAUAUGUCGACUGCUAUGUUCACAAAGUAAAAAACUCAAAACUAAAAUCUAUUGUUGGUUUUCUUCCCUAUUGCAUUAUAAGGAUAUGCAUGUUCGUUCUGGAAAAAGAUAGAAUUUCUGUAUCUGUAAGACUUGAAAUUGCAAUUAAAACAGUUGGCUAAUUAAACAGAAGCUUCAUUAAGUGGAAUUCUAAGACAGUAUGUUUUAUUUCGAGAGUUUUGCUGAGCCUUGUAUCUAAUUUACUAUCUUCUGUCAGGAAAAGUAUCAUUAGCAAGUAGUCAGGCUCAAGCAAUAAAAUUCACUCCUUUGGAAGCACCUGCUCAUGUAAAAUGAUUGAGUUUGGGAUUGUAUAUUAAUGAUGUUUUAGAUUUUUAAAUACUUAUAAAGGAAAUUUUCUGGCGACGCCCAUAGCUCAGUGGGUAGGGCACUGACCAUGUAUACCGGAGCUGGAGGUUUCAAACCCAGCCCGGGCCAACAGUGACAACUGCAACAACAACAAAAAAAUAGCCAGCAAUGAAUCCUCAACAAUAAAAAAAAAAUUUUUUUUUUUUGAGACAGAGUCUCACUAUGUCCCCCUUGGUAGAGUGCUGUGAUGUCACAGCUCACAGCAACCUUAAACUGUUGGGCCCAACCGAUUUUCUUGCCUCAGCCUUCCAAGUAGCUGGGACUUGUCAUUGUUGGUUAGGUGGCCUAAGCCAGGUUCGAACCUGCCACCUUCAGUGUAUGUGGCUGGCACCCUAACCACUGUGCUGUGGGUGCUGAGGCAAAAAAAAAUAGCCGGGUGUUAUGGCAGUCACCUAUAGUCUCAGCUACUUGGGAAUCACUUAAGAGAAUCACUUCAGCCCAAGAGCUUGAGGUUGCUGCGAGCUGUGACACCACAGCACUCUACCCAGGGCGACGCUUGUGACUCGACUCAAAAUAAAAAAAUUUUUUUUUUUACUACAGUGUAUUUCACAAAAAUCACAUUAUCUACUUAAUAAACACUACUUGUAGAGACUAAAUGAAACAAAACCAUUUGUUAACUAGCUUUCCAGGUGCUGUUAUCUAUAGGAAAAUAUUAUUAAUGUAUUAAUAAUUUAACUAAUGGGAGUAUGUAUCCUAUUUAAAACUAUGCAAAUAAUGUCCUAAAAUAAAAUAAUUUUUUCCCUAAAAAUACGCAUUUGGUCAACAUUUUGAAAUGAGAACCUUAGAAAUAAAAGGCUGGGUGCAGUGGCUCACACCUGUAAUCCCAGAACUCUGGGUAGGCCAAGGCGGGUGGAUUGCCUGAGCUUACAGGUUCAAGACCAGCCUGAGCAAGAGUGAGACCCCAUCUCUAAAAAUAGCAGUGCAUUGUAGCAGGCACCUGUAGUCCUAGCUACUUAGGAGGCUAAGGCAAGAGGAUCGCUUGAGCCUAAGAGUUUGAGGUUGCUGUGAGCUGUGAGAACACAACACUCAACCUGGGUGACUGAGACUCAGUCUCCAAAAAAAAAAAAAAAAAGAAGGUUGGUGUGGGCUGAAUUGUGUACCCCCCUUCCAGAUUCAUUUGUGGAAGUCCUAACCCCCAUUCCCUUCAAGUGUGACUGUAUUUGGAGAUUACCAUUAGCAGGGGCUCAAAUCCAAUCUGAUGUCUUUAUAGAAGAAGUUUGGACAUAAAAAGAGAUACCAGGGAUAUGUGCACAGAGUAAAGAGCAUGAGAAGCCACAGUGAAAAUGUGGUCAUCUGUAAACCAGGGAGACAGGCCUCGGGAGAAACAGUCCGACACCUUGAGCUUUAACUUCUAAUCUCCAAAACUGUGAGAAUAAGUUUCUGUUGUUAAACUACCCAGUCUGUGGCAUUUUGUAUAUCAACCUUAGCAAAGUAAUCCAGUGAUUUGUGGGGAAGGGGGAGCUAAACUUUAAAAAAGCCCUUUUCAUUUCUGUCGGUUAAAAGUACUGGCCAGGCUCGGUGGCUCAUGCCUAUAAUCCUAGCACUUGGGAAGGCUGAGACAGGAGUUCAAGACUAGCCAGAACACGAGUGAGACCUUGUCUCUACUGAAAAUAGAAAAAAUUAGGGGGCAUGGUCGCACAUGCUCAUAGUUUCCACUACUCAGGAGGGAUCCCAGGAGUUGGAGGUUACAGUGAGCUGUGAUCGCACCACUGCACCCCAGCCCAGGGGACAGAGCAAGACCCUGUCACAAGAAAAUAAUAAUAAAAACUUGUUUAGUGUAAUUCUUUUACUUCUCAUCUUCUACUCUCUAAGAUUAUGGUACUAAUAAGCAAUUUAGCUAAUUCUGGUAUUUCUCAAAAUUAUAAUGUUAGGAGCAUUUUAAUCUGUAUUUUACAAUUGAGGAAACAGGAUCAGAGAUGGGAAAGGAUUAACCCAAGGCUAAAAGUAACAAGGCUUAUCCAACAAAAAUCUCCCAGUACAUUGACCUUUAAUGGAAUUUGAAGAUAUCACCACUUCCUCUGUGAAGCCCAGCUAAUUGACUUUGGGGCAUAACUUCCCAACUCCCAGUCAUUUCAGGUACAUGAGGAUCCUGGUCAGACUUUCUCAGCAGGCUCCUUUUCUACCGAAGUAAGACUUCUAUCUCUGCAUUCUCCAAAUGGUCUCGUUGUGCCCAGGAGUUCCACAAAGACCACACUGCCAAACAAGUUAAAUUUAAAGAGAAAUCCUUUUAUUGAAGAUCGGGCUGGCGACUGCCUCAGUGUCCCAACAUGAGGUUUCUGAGAGCAGCCCUGAGUGCUUAAGGGGUCGGGUUUUUAAGGCCUGGUCUGCAUCCUGGUUGGCACGCAGGCUGGUCAGGUGCAUCUAAGUAGGGUAGCAAGCAAGCAUUGUAUAGAAGCAGAAUUUUGCAAUUGGUCAGUCAUACGUCAUAUAUCUUUGUUUAGUAUUUUCCCCUAUACCUCUUAGUUUCAGUACUUCCCCCCCAUACUUCUUAGCCUCAUUGCUUUCCCCACCUGGUAUUGUUUAAAGGUCAGUUCGGGGACAGUUGGUGCCUCCCGGCUAGUUUCCCAGGGAGUUAGCCAAGCAAGAAACUGGGAGUGAACUAGAAGCAAGAAAUCAAUUAGUACUUUCUCAUUUAUCUUGGGGGUGAACUAGACUUAUUUUAUUUCUUUUUUAUUGAAAGCUUGCAAUCCUGAAAUUUGCCAGGAGUUAACAGUAUUUUUCCAUUAUAGCCUAGGCCUGACACCUUUCUAUCUUAGCCUAGACCCACUAGACCUAAAGAAUCCCCCACUGAUUCUAGGACCAUAAAUUGAAUCAUUAAUUUUAUCUCGAAUGUGGUUUGUUGUCUGUUUUAGUGGUGUGGGUACAUAGAUUACACCUUUCUCUCUUCCUUUCUUAAAGUUUAAAGUUUAAUUAAGACAAGUUCUGCAAGGAGUUUCCUCAGGCUUUAGUCUUGCGUGGACCAGCCAGCUUCCAGUAUGUGGCUGGAGCAGGGCACAUUGACCAUUUUAAAAGCCAUUUUUGCUUUCUACGGGGUAGUGAAGUUCUCUUUAGUUAGCUGUGAGGAAUUUAGGUGAGGGUUUCUUUCAUCUUGGCUGCCUUAAAUAGAACAUGGUUAAUUAUUAAUGACGGAGGUGAAGUUAAGGUUGGGUUUAGGGUAAGAGAAUGAAACUAUUUAGCAGUUAUUUACAAACAUUUACAAGUUCUGGAUUUCAAGGCUAAGGUUUACAUAAUGAGAACAUUAGUGUUCUUAUUUAUAAACUUAGCACGGUUUUUAAGAUAAUGCAUAGUUGUAAGAGUCUCUACAGAACCGAUUUAAAGUUCUGGAUAAUUCAAAUGAAUAUUCUUGAAUGCCAGAUGGGUGUGGGGCUACUUAUGAGGCUAUGUUACAGUUACAUUAUUUACUAGGAAAUUCUCAUUCAGGUUCCAAUUUUUCCUGAGGUAUUUAUAUAGACACAGUAGAUAAUGUUUAAUACUGUACAAAUUUUCUAGUGUGGCCAAUAGGCAAUUCUUGUUGAGUUUCAAGGUUUCAGAGGAAAUACGAUUACUGUAUAUAAUUCUAUACUCAUUGGCUGUUUUUUUUUUAUUUCAUUUAACAGAUUUACAUGUAAUCCAGUUAACUAUGUAUCAUCUUUAAAAUAUUUUAAUUUGUAAUUUUGUUUAAAGAAAUAUUUUAAACCUUUGAUAUUUGACAAAACUUCCAAAAUCAAAACUCUAAAUUUAGUCUUUUUGAAAAGACAUAUUAGGGUUAUUUGGAAAUAUAUAGGAAACAUUGUCAAAUAUGAAAUGGUAAUUAAUUUUAUAUAAAUUAUAUUUAUAUAUAUUCCAAUAUUAUAAAAUAAUAUUGUCAGAGUCGCACUCUGUCAUCCAGGCUUGAGUACAGUAGCAUUAUGAUAGUUCACUGUACCAACUCCUGGGCCCAAGUGAUGCUCCUACCUCAGUAUCCCAAGUGGCUUGGACUACAGCACAUGCCACCAUGCUGGCUAAUAUUUUCUAUUUUUGGCUCUUAACGCUUCUUGGCCUUUUGGCUAAGAUCAAGUGUAUUUUUGGCUCUUGCUCGGGCUGCUCUACAACUCUACCACAAAUGAUCCUCCCACCUUGGCCUCCCAGAGUGCUGAGAUUACAGGGAUGAGCCACUACCUACCCUGUUUCCCCGAAAAUAAGACAUCCUCCAAAAAUAAGACCUACUUACAGGAAAGAUAAGACGUCCCCUGAAAGUAAGACCUAGCGCAUCUUUGGGAGCACACCUUAAAAUAAGACACUGUUUUAUUUUUGGGGAAACAGGGUAGCUCCAAUCCACUUUUUUCACUAUGCUAUCUCCUUAUUCCUACCAACACUGCCUUACAAAAGCUGACCAUUCUGUAACACCUUGUGGGGCUCCUAUUUUACAGGCUGGACGCUGCCUGAUUCAUGAAUUACUAAAAAGAUAAUUAAGUUUAUUGACAUUCUUUGACAUUCUCAAAUGUUUGGGAAAAUGAAAAAUAUUGUUAGGCAGAGAUUGUGGGUUCUUUUUUUUUUAUUUUUAAUUUCAGUGUGCUUGUUCAUUCUUCUUUGUUUGAAGUACUCCUUUUUUGUUGAUUUUCUUCUUCCUCUGGCGGUGCUGGCUGUUUUUGAUGUUGUUAGUAGAGACGGGGUCUUACUCUGCUCACUGCUGCUCAUACUGGUCUUGAACCUCUGAGCUCAGACAAUCCACCCACCUUGGCCUCCCACAGCGCUGGGACUACAGGCGUGGGCCACCACGCCCGGCCAAGAUUGUGGGUUCUGAUCACUAAAACAUGAACUUGCUAAAUAUACUAUUCCAAGAGGUAAGUUAAGUCAAAGAGACCCUUUCUCUUUUCUUGAUUUACCUGCCUGAUUAUUGCCCUAAGCAAUAUUAGCUAGGUUACUCAUUGUAAUCUUUGCCUCCAAACUUUGGGGGUUUUUUUGAGAUAGAGUCUCACUCUAUCACACGCAGUAAAGUGCCAUGGAGUCAUAGCUCAUAGCAACUUCCAACUCCUGAACUCAAAUGAUCCUUUUGUCUCUGCCUCCCAAGUAGCUGGGUCUAUAGGUGCCUGCCAUAACACCUGACUAGUUUUUUUGUUUGUUUGUUUUUAAUAGACAGGGUCUUGCUCUUGCUCAGACUGGUCUUGAACUCCUGACUUCCAGCAAUCCACUGGUGUCAGCCUCCCAGAGUCCUAGGAUUACAAGUGUGAGCCACCGUGUCUGGCCCUACUUCCCAGCUUUUUAAAUUUUUCCAACCUGAGGUAAAUAAAGUUGACUGAUUUGGGGCCUUGUCAUGUUAGGGGACCAGCAAUAGUUUCCUGUAGUCCAUCUAACUGUGGGUAGAUUAAACCUUCAUUUUAACCUCAUUGCUGUUCAUUAUUCCUCCCUUUUAAAGUAACCACCUAAAAACUUUCUACCCUAAAUUUUUAUUUCUAAAGGAUGGCUCCUAGGUAACACAAGGUAGAAAAUGUAUAUCUCAAAGGCACAGGACUUAGAUUUCAAGCCUAAAUACUAUUAUUCGCCUAGAGAAAGGAAAGAUAGGAGGCUCAGUUAAAAUAAAAUGAUCAAAAGUGAAGCUUGUUGAGACUGUUGCUCUGUCCCAUUGUAAAAAUUUGUAGUGAUUUUCCUUUAUACAGGCAGUCCUCAGGUUAUAAACAAGAUAGAUUCUACAGGUUUGUUCUUAAGUUGAAUUUGCAUGUUAAGUUGUAACAGCUACAUUGACCUACUAUUUGUAAUAGCCUCUGUUCCUAAGUACAAGUUGUACAUCAGUCCAAUGUUUCUAACUCGGGGACUGCCAAUAGAUAAAAAUUUUUACAAAGCAUAUCAAAAUAACUAAUUACCAGAAGGUCUUACUUCUGUUUCUGUUCAAGGCAGAACCCGUUAACAACAGGACAGACAAAAAUCAUUUUCAUGCCUGGACUCGGCAUGAAUAGAUAGCUCUGAAAAAGAAGCAAACCUCUUGACCUGAGGGCCUAACUUUUAUACACACCUUAUCUAGCUGUGUACAACUUUGGAGUAGAAUAAUAACUAAAUGAAAAGGUUGACAAUCAGUUUUCUUAUCAAUUAAUUGCUUAAACUUUUUAUUUGUCUUCUAUAAGGGGUCUUUUCAAGAGGCAAGAAUUUAAAAAAUCUUUUUAGAUGAUUAGACACAUCCAUAGGUAUUCCUGGGUGGGCCUGAUUCAGAAGCCCUCUUUUUUUUUUGAGACAGUCUCACUCUGUUGUCCCAGGCUAGAGUGCCAUGGCAUCAUAAGUCACAGCAACCUUAAACUCUUGGGUUCAAGCGAUUCUCUUGCCUCCACCUCUCAAGUAGCUGGGACUAUAGGCGCCUGCCAUGACACCUGGUUAAGUUUUCUAUUUUUAGUAGAGCCGGGGUCUCAUCUUGCUCAGUCUAGUAUUGAACUCCUGAGCUCAGGCAAUCCACCUACCUUGGUCUCUCAGAGUGCUAGGAUUAUAGAUGUGAGCCACUGCACACCUGGCCAGGAGCCAGUUUAUUUUUAAACUUUUGUUUUUUUUGGAGACAAAGUCUCACUCUGUCACCCUGAGUAGAGUGCUGUGGCAUUAUCAUAACUCACAGGAACCUCAAGCUCCUGGGCCCAAACAAUCCUCUGGCCUCAGUUUUUUCUAAUUUUAGUAGCCAUGGGGUCUUGCUCUUGCUUGCUCAGGCUGGUCUGGAACUUCUGAGCUCAAGCAAUCCACCCACUCCACCUCCCGGAGUGCUAGGAUUACAGAUGUGAGCCACUGUGCCCAACUUAAACUCACUUCUUUUUUAUCUAGAAUGUUCCACAUAAUGACCAUCAUAAUUAUAAUUUAUCUUCAGUAAGAUUUUCUCAUUUUUGUAUGUAUUUGAAGCUUCUGGGGCCUAGUAUUUAUACAUCAUAUAAAAAGCAAACAUGGGGUGGUGCCUGUGGCUCAAGGAGUAGGGCACCAGCCCCAUAUACUGGAGGUGGCGGGUUCAAACCCAGCCCCGGCCAAAAACUACAAAAAAGAAAAAAAGCAAACAUAGCCAAAAGGUGAAAUACUCAGUUCUUUUUUUUUUUUGUAGAGACAGAGUCUCACUGUACCGCCCUCGGGUAGAGUGCCGUGGCGUCACACGGCUCACAACAACCUCUGACUCUUGGGCUUACGCGAUUCUCUUGCCUCAGCCUCCCGAGCAGCUGGGACUACAGGCGCCCGCCACAAGGCCCGGCUAUUUUUUUGUUGCAGUUUGGCUGGGGCUGGGUUUGAACCCGCCACCCUCGGCAUAUGGGGCUGGCGCCCUACUCACUGAGCCACAGGCGCCACCCAAUACUCAGUUCUUUAAAAAUUAAGGAUCCCACAUUGACUCUUGGGUCUCAGAGCUGAGAUGAAACCCUAAGAAGAAACAGCAGGGUUGACUCAGGUAGUGGUUUCACAGCAUACCUUGUUGCAUAGGUAUUUUGUUGAGGCUGGCAGAUGACCCAGAUUAUCCCCCCCAGGGAGUUUUAUCUUUUGAUGGAGGGUCACUCAAAUGUCUUAAAUACCCGAAUUGUGCCCACCAUUCAAUUCGUGGCUUGUGUUCUGAGAUCCCCUUGAUCAACUUAGCCAAUGAUUCUCCCUUACCUAUGUAUGCAAAAAAGAAAACAAACAAACAAAAAAAAAAAAACAAA